UAUCCGGGGUGAUAGACAGUGACGAGAGGGUAAAGAGGGGGAGGUGCAGCGGCGAGAAUAGUUUUUUGUGACACUGUAUUAAGUUGCGUUCCCACUUUGCUUACGUCUUAUCUUCCCGCAGAGAUUUCAAGUCGCUAAGGUUAGUGUGAGCGAAGUGACGCCCAAAAACUUCAAUAGUAAAAUCUGAAUUCUGGAGCAGUAAAGACCAGGUAAACCGAGGAGACUUCCAGUUUUUUCAAAUGAGUAAAAUGACGUCGGGACUAUAUCGAAGUAAAGAGUUACCACCACGUUUUGCAUUAACAUUUUGGUUAUGCUUUCAUCUGAUGACCGUGGUUAAAGUCCACGCCACAAUGUCACAAGGACAUUCCAGCAUGAGUGUCUCUGCCCCUUACAUGUCAUAUGCCUGCCCUGAGGGUGCCAGCGUCAAAUUGAUGUGCGCCCAGAAAGGUGCCAAAGAGCAUCCCGGCGGCCAGUUACACCACAACUGGCGCUUCACCCCUCACAUGGAUAAUGACUGUCAUGAGAAGGUGCAUCCCCGUGGUGCCGGGGCCAACCAUGGCAAAGGCAACAACUCCCACUCCUGGCCCCCCGGAGUCCAAUACGGUACUGGUGGGAACUAUUUUUGGGUGGCCCUUCAAAACGUCACCCACGGCGACCAGGGGCGUUACUGCUGUCUGGAGUUCGAACACAGGAAGCUGGUCCAGAGACCACACAGCCAUGUCCUGCUAACUGUCACACCACGAAGACCUGGCUCUUCAAACUGCACUCACUGGAACCCCCGUCCACAAGAUGGUUCAGUAUCUGCAGGCCUGGCAACAGCAGCAUGCAUCAUGGCCAUUUUCUCUCUGCCGGUCAUCCUGGUCCUAGUCUACAAGCAGAGGCAGAAUGCCCACUCCAGUCGACGUGCACACGAGCUGGUAAGAAUGGACAGCGAGGCACUAGGCCAUGAAAACCCCAUGUUCCUGGGGGGCUCCCCCCAGGUGAAGACCCAUACCGUGUCCCAGAUCAUGACCAGGCAGUCCUCCGAGUCUGGACGCCACCUGCUGUCUGAACCGGGAACUCCGCUUUCUCCCCCCCCACACGGCGACGUCUUCUUCCCAGUGCAGGAUCCUAUCCCAGAACCUCCAGACUUCCUGCAAGUGUGAGGGUGGAAGGCGGGGCCUUGUCACCCUGAACUCUGACCGAGAACAACCUCUGUGGUUCCCCUUCCUCCCACUCUCCUUUUCUUCUCCCUAACCUACCCCCUUUUCACCCAUCUUUCUCCUGCUUCUAAGUUUCUUCUCCUCUCCUUUCAUCCCUAACAUUUACUCCUUUACUCAUUUACUCCCCCCCUCACACUCACCCACUCCCUCCUCCUUACUGCUAGAAUGCUACCACAGCAAUGUCCCCCUUGCAGCCUGUGUCAUGGUCCUCUGGGCUGAAACUACUCUCCUCUCUGGGCUCCAGACUCACGCCAACUGCAACAACACCCAGAGGCAGGAGAAGCAGUGCAUUGGGGCCGGCCAUAUGUGCAGCAUGCCUGUCUGGCUGCAGACAGUUACUGGAUGUAACAGAGCUGAUUGCUUGGGCUGUCCCAGGACUGUGGAGAGAGAGUGUGUAGGGGUUAAAGGUCCCACAAAGCCUGUAGAAUCCCUAUGGCAGUUCUCAGAGUAUCUAGUCCAGUUAUCCCCCCAUCUAUUAGUUCAAAUAGGGCCCUCUGGGCAAGCAUAGGCAUCCAUGAAGAGCUGUGCCAGUGUUUCAGAGAUAUAAACAUAUCCUUUAACACAGGGGAAAAAGCAAACAGGCCUGUGUUUUCAAACCGGACCAAAGAUAUCCUAGUUUCUCAACAUUGCUCUCCCUCAGUGUAUUUCACUACCUCAUUUACAUACAAUCCCUUCCUAGAAACAUGCACCCCCCUUCACUCAAAGAUGUCCUAAUACUCACCACACUCAUUACCAGAUAUGGUGACAGGGAGGCAUGGUUUCAAGAUCUGGGCCUGGCCUCAAACUUUCUACAGCUUUCACUGCCGUCCAAAAUGACCACCAUGUUUCGAGACAAGGUUUUUUUUCAGCCUUCUAUAAAUGUGUUAUUGUUCGUAUGUUAUGUUUAUAUGUAAAUUACUUUUAUAAAGGCUUUAUAUUUUUUGAUUGUGUCCCUUCUAAUUAAUAAAAAAAUGAUGUUGCCAUCCAGCCAACAGUGAGUUGGAGUAGCAGUUAAUUUAGGAAGAUAAUGACAGGUGGAGCUGGUUGACAGGUGUUUCUAUAAGGGGUGCUCAAACAGAGAAUCCCGAACAAAGUAUGUUGCAAAGUGACAGGAUGAAAUGAAAGUGCUUUUUUGUCUUUGUUGAUUUUUUUUGUUUCUUGUUUAAUCAAAUGCAGUGCUUUAUGUGUACUUUGUGCGUGUGGUUGGUAUGAGUGUAUGUGUGUGCAAGUUUUUGUGUUGGGUUUACACUAUACUUAUGGUGGGCAAACAUCGUUCAAGAAAUGCUGAAAAUAAUAUGUUUAAAGUAUAUAAAAGCUGUAUGUGUUAUACAUUCUUUAUUCUACAUUUCACAAUAAAUCCAAGUUCUUAUA